AUGGAUACAAUUACAUUACAGAAACAAGUUGAAAAUCUUCGUCAACAAUUAAAAGUUGAUCGUGCUCCAUUAUCAAGGACGUUGAUGGAAGUUUUUAAAUCAAUUAUGGAUAAAGGAUCCUUACAAAAACAAAUUGAUUCAUUACGAUAUCAAUUACGCGUAGAAAAAGUGCCAUUAUCGAAAACCCUUCAAGAAUUGAAACGGUAUAUACAAGAAAAUGAACAAGGUGAUCCACUUCUUCAUCCACCAGACAAGAAGAAUAAUCCAUGGGCAGAAAAAAGCAAAUGUACAGUUAUAUAA